ACAUAGCUUAAGUGUUUUGUGGGAAGGUGCAAGAACAAGUGCGUGUCUAACUAGAAGUGUUACUACAUCAUUGGAUCUACUUAUGCGUUAGGAUCUAGUGCCGGAUAGGUUACUCGGUAGUGUGUACUGUGUAGUAGCGGUUGACCCCGUGUCUGUUGAGCGCACGCAACGGCAACUGUUGGACAAUGUGUGAAAUUACGCGCGUGCCUGUGGAUCACACGGUUUCCGAUUGUUUAUGCGAAUGAACGAAUAGUUUAAGGUGGUUGGACGAUUAUGGUUUGUCGGCGCUAAUCGUGUACAAUUAGUACAUUAGGAUCGGAUUGGAUUUAUGGCCAUCAACUUAGGAGUCAAACAUGAGUAUCCGCAGCUGUUGAGGUCUGGACUGGACUGAAUAAGUCAAGCACAAAAGUAUCUGUGCUGUGUGAAUAACGAGAGAAGAAUGGGUUUUUACUCAGCCCGAUGGUGCUGAUUUCAAGCACGGUCUCAAAUGUCCAGAUAAAGUGCGCGCGCAGUACCACGUCCGAAUUUAAAUAUGCUCACCUUGUGCGCCAACCACGGAAUCGAACAAUAUGUUUUAGUUAAUCGUGAGAAUUUCCCAUCCCCAUCAGACAAGAAGGCUUCUAAAAGGUGUUGAGCGCGUGGCGGAGAAACAACAAAUCUGAUUCAAGAUUCAUAGUGGUGAAGAACAAAUAAUGAACGAAAAGAAUGAUUGUUAAAACAAACGCAUUCCCGGCAUAGACUUUCGGGGCCAGCCAGGUUUGGCAAGUGAAAUGAAAAGUGCCAGCAGUGUGCUAUCUACCAACUGCGCGAUUGUGUGAUUCAAGAGUGAUUAUCUACUGACCAACGAAAGACGUUGCCGUUGAGUUAUUACUGUGUAGAAGAAUAGCAGCGACUCGAGAAAGAGCACGUAUAGCGGCUCAGCAAUGACGACACUUCUGAAGAACGUGACCAACAGUAUCUGGCAUGCGUUUCGCGCUUUGCAGCAGGAUUGCUCCGGUUUUGUGGGGAAAUCGAAAUUGAAGGUCCUGACGGCCAACAUUGCCACCCUGCUGGAUCUGUACGGCGUAGAGCGAGGGCUCGAUCACUACCGAUCGACACCGACGCUGAACUUCGAUCACUAUCUGUACUAUCUGAGCCAGGAGGUGUUCUGUUCGAUGUCCAACGAACUCCCGCUGUCGGCGGUGCGCAACUACGAGAGCAAGAUCGAUGAGGUGUGCUGGUUGGUUUGUCACAAGGACUUUCAGCUCAAGGAUGCCUACUUCACCGAGGAGGUCACCUACCAGUUGUUCCGGAUAUUUUGCAUGAUGGCCGAUUUGUACAACGAUGAGUUGGACGAUAAUUUAUUCACGGUGAAGAUCCAUCCUUCGGAGGCGCUGAUCGUCGUAAAGCAGCUGUUGAACUCACUUGGGUUGGACUACAACAACGAGGAAAAGUACGACUAUUUGAAAAAAUGGGACGAUGGGUUGGAUUUUGGGGAAUUCUUGGCGAUUUUGAGAUUCAAAGACUUUGACAAGCUGAACGAUUACGUGGCGUCGAUUUGUGAGGCCAUCAGAGACAUCUAUCAGACGUUGAUCAUGGAUGUGAUCAAGAAGGGUUAUCUGUUCCGGAGGGGCUAUGUGUUGCCUACGUUUCGGGAGUACUUUUUCGUGCUUCAACCUUGUGAGUUGACGUAUUAUAAGCAUCAUACGGAUCGAGAGGUCUGCGGAACGAUAGCACUCGAUUCGAAAUUCACUGUGAAGCCAUUUAUACCGUCCUCGGGAAAGACUGAGCGCAUUCCGAAGUUUACCCUGAUUUCUGGGGAUCGCGCGUACGAAUUGGGAGCACACGAUCACAAAACACGCCUCCAGUGGAUAUCGGCACUACAGUUGGCCAUCACGUAUUCAACCGGGCGGGAAGGUUUCCAACGAGAUACGGUUAACCGGAGAAAGCAGCAACGGGAAUUGGAACUGAGGAAGCGGCAAGAAGAGGAGCGUCUACGUAGCAUUCAUCUGAAGCAGCUGGAAGAAACCAAUGUUCAGCUGGAGCAGGAGAAGCUGGCUCGUCUAGCGGCGGAAUCGCAGGCGCGGCAGUACGAAGCGGUAGCACGAGAAGACUCUCGCAGGGUCGCUGAACUAGAGGAUGUCAAGCUGUGUCUAGAGAGGAUGCUGGAGGAUGAGAUUCAGGCCAAACGGGACGAAGAGAUUGUGAGAGCACUACAAGCACGUGUGUUAGCCGAGGAGUGGGAGAAACGUGAAGAGUUAGAGCAACUGCAAUCCGAGCAGAAGGCCUUGCUGGAACUGGAGCGGCAGAAACGGAUUGAGUUCGAACAUAUGCAGCAGGAAAACGAAAAGCGCUUCAAGGAAGCGGAGCAGAAGUUACGUCAACUGGAGGAAGAACGGAAGAAGCUGGAUCGAGAACUUAACAUGGCCAGGCAGAAGAUACAGCUGUCCGAGGACAACAAGGGUAUAGUCGAGGCCAAACUACAGAAAUUUGUUUUGCAGGCCAUUGCCCCGACGUAUCGCAAAGCACCGGACUUCAUGAUUCGCAGGACGCAGUCGUUUGUGGCAUCCGAUCGGCCGGUGAUCGUUGCGGUUCCUCGAUAGACUGCUGCUUUGUUUUGCAGUGCCAGUAACCCGAUCUUGCUUUAGUCAUUCGAGGACAACCACGGAGAUGGAUCGUUCUUUCUGUUAAAGUUAAUUAUUAGGUUAGGUUAUUUAAGAAAUUCAGUAUUUUUUAUUAUCGUUUGGUGCCGCCACUAACUCAUUGUGAAGCAAUAUUUUAAGUGUAACUUUUUUUUAUAAAGUAUACCUUUUACAUUCCAUUAACA